CCGCUGCAGCACUCAAAGUCUCCCGAGGAAGGUGGUCAACUCAACCGUCCGGUCUCGCAACCAUGCUCGUUGAAGCUUGUGAUUUCUCUUUAAUUGGCUGUGGCUCUAACGUCAAAGUGGAAGCCAAGCUGGAAUGCGAAUUUCUCAUAUCUCGCUUCAUUCUGGACUCGCAUUUUUGUUGACCGGAGGUACCGAGUGUUCCUCGACCCGCGCAGCACAUCAGCUCUUCUAUCUCAGCACCCCAAAACCGCUUGGGCUUCUUCAUAAAUGGCUGCCACAGAUGACGGUGCGCCCCCUGGCGACCCCGCACCCGAGCUGCUAGAGGGACGGCUCUGGGUCGACGGCUGCUUUGAUUUCUUCCACCACGGACAUGCUGGCGCCGUGGUCCAGGCUCGCCAGCUGGGCGAUGAGCUCUACGUCGGGGUCCAUUCCGACGAGGACAUCCUCGAGCACAAGGGCCCGACCGUCAUGACCCUGCAGGAACGGCUGCUUGCUACGGACGCGUGCCGAUGGGUGACCAAGUCGAUCCCCAAUGCUCCCUACGUCACCCAGCUAGACUGGAUCAGCCACUACGGCUGCAAGUACGUGGUCCAUGGAGACGACAUCACCUCGGACGGCAGCGGCGAGGACUGCUACCGCUUCGUCAAGGCUGCCGACCGCUUCAAGGUUGUUAAGAGAACCCCGAGCAUCUCUACAACUGAUCUCGUCGGACGCAUGCUGCUUUGCACUAGGAGCCAUUUCAUCAAGUCCCUCGAGAAGAUGCUGGCUGGCGACGAGGGUCCCGGCACCCAGGCUGAGCGCAAGGCUGAGGGUGCUGCCAUGCGUGAGAGAAUUAGACUGUAUGCCACCGACGAUUCUGCCAAGAAGCCCGGCGCCGAAGUUUGGUUCUGGUCCGCUCCGACGGGCGAGGCCCAAAAGGACGAGUCGGCGAGUGCUGGCCAUGCCUGCAAGGAGCUUUUCCGCGGCAUAGGCCCCAAGCCCGGACAGAGAGUCGUCUACGUUGACGGCGGCUUUGACCUCUUCUCAAGCGGCCACAUCGAGUUCCUGCGCUCGGUGAUGCAGACGGAGGAGGAGCUGGCGAGAAAAGAGAACUGGUAUUCCCAGCAAGCCAUUGACGAGAGAAAAGGAAAGGGCGCCGACUACGGCCCCGUCUUUGUCGUCUCAGGCGUCCACAACGACGAGGUCAUCAACCGCUGGCAGGGUGUCAACUACCCCAUCAUGAACAUCUACGAGCGCGGUCUUUGUGUUCUCCAGUGCCGGUACACCAACGCCGUCGUGUUCGGCGCACCGUUCACCCCGACCAAGAGCUAUCUAACAUCGCUUCCAUAUGGUACCCCUGACGCGGUCUACCACGGACCAACCUCCUUCAUGCCGCUCACCACGGACGUUUACGCGGAACCCAAGGCAAUGGGCAUCUACCGGGAAAUCGGGCGCCACGCAUUUGAUAACGUCAACGCUGGCACCAUCGUGCAACGCAUCAUGAAGAGCAGAGACCUCUACGAGGCACGCCAAAAGGCGAAGGGCGUCAAGGCCGACCUCGAGGCCGCACACAAGGAGCGUGAGUUGCUAGAGGCAGAGCAGGAGAAGAAGGCGCAAGAGUAAGGUGGCCGUGGUAGGCUAUAUCUCUAGGAUCGACGAGACGUCAAUUGACUUGGAGACAGGUUGAAAGGACAUGUCGGAAAUAACAGUAAGGCUUUCAACAGACCUCGUUGUUCUCACAUGUUAUCACUUAGGAGUACAAAAGGGUAUUGGUACGGGAUAAAUUAUAGAAUAGCGUUAA